AUGCCGUUUUCCACAGUCUACGAAGACCCUUGGACAAGGACCCAGAUUGAUCUGAGCGACGUUGCUGUUCAACAUCUUGAGCUAAUCGAGACCUUUCUCAAGCUUCUUCAACAUAUCUGCGAUGCAGAGGGUAGAAUAAGCGAUGAGACAUUGACAUAUUCAGAAUGGCGCUACGCUAUGUAUCUUCGUUUCAUCGACGUACGGGGUUUUUGCCCGAAUGACCACCCGCCUCCAUGGGACGUCGCACUUAUCAUGUAUCUGCACAUGCUGUCACCCUCGCGGUUCCACCACUACGUCUACGAUAACCGUAAUCGCAACUUGAAUGGCAUCUUUGGCUUAGAGCAUCGGCAUUUCCCCAUGUCCAAACUGCUAAAGGGUGAAUGGUGUCCCAGGCGGACGAAGAACGCUUGGGAUGAGUGUAGUAAGACGAGUUGGUCUGGCUCUGAGUGCCGUGGCUCCAACCUACCAUAUCAACUGUGGCCCUCUGCACCAUGGAAACCGAGAAGACUCUCCAUCCUGGGAAGAAGGGCUGACCGGCCACCAUGUUUGGACCGAAAAUGGAUAACACCGACUGACAAAAAGCUCGAAGAGAUUCCCAAAGACCAACAAGGAAAAGUGAUUCUGAUGCACCAGUGGGAUCGCUGCCGCACAAGUGUACCGGAGCAAGGCUACAAGGUCUGGGACCUCCAGUCAUACGCAGUGAUACGAACUUGCAGGGUAGAAGAAAGAUGCAGGAGUCAAAGCCAGCAUGAACAGUUCAACGAGACAUGUAUGCUAAAGCCAUGGCCAUCUUUGCAGGAUCUUCGAGCAGACCUCGAGCAGCAAGUGUCUUUCUGGAAGGUUAUACUUCAAGUCAAGAAUUCGGUACCUGGGUUUGUCGAAAAUUUGAAGAACUCAGUGGUGGACUACGAAGACUUUCUCGGCCUUCUGGGUAGUGUACUGCCAAAGAGUGAGAGAGAUGGCUCCUACAAGUCAAAGCUAGACCCAAAGACGGCAAAUGCAUCUCGUCACCCAAGCUCACGACCCUCUCGCAUACUCCCCCCAACACUCGAGAUUGAUCUUCUAUGGAAGACGCAUCGUUUGUUCCCUGCGAGCUACUGGGUUUGGUCGACUGAGAAGGCAGACUGGGUCCUUGAUAGAAAACACACAGCAAAUACACAGGCGAUGAGUAGCCUGCUUCAACAUACAAGACAAAUAUGGAAAUCGAAGUAUACGUCGGAGUUGAAGAGGGGAGUUUCAGUGGAGGAGACGUUGACGGAGUACGUGCCUGACACAGUGAAGCAUGCUCCUGCCAACGUAGAGAGGACCGAUCUCAAGACUCUACUUCUCGGCCGUGAUGCCUGGAAACAGAGAAGGGUUAUCAGAAGGGGUCGAGGGGACGAUAUAUCUGGCGGUGGAGGAGCGGGUGAUUAUGGAGGAUCCGGGGGUUGUGAUGGAGGCGGUGGUGGUGAUGGUGGCGGAGGCGGCGAAUAG